UUGCUUAAUCUGCGUUUGUCACCGGCUAUAAAAAGGACUGAACAUCUGCGUUCAUGAUCAUUCACUUUGAACAACUUGUCAGGCGAUGAUGACUAGACGCUUUCUUGUCCAUGAUUAAGGAACACCGUAUUUAACUAUAGGAUAUAUUAAAUUUAAAUUAAUACUUGUUUGAAGAUGACAUCCCAAAAAAGAUAUCGUCACCAUCAGGAAAACCAUAACAAUCGUUACAGAGAUUUGCCACCAAGAUUUAAACGACAAAAAUCAUCCAGCUCACCUCCACCACCAGCUCCAGUAACUUCACCUGAUAGCAUUUUACAAGAAAUUUCAUCUCCAACAUCCAAGUGUAAUAAACUUUCUGUGGAUAAUACAACACCAUGUGCUCUCUAUUUCCCUCAUUCUGAGUCAAUUGAACCCACCAGUCCAGGAAAAGCUUCUGCAUCUACUAUUGACCCAUUGAAAUGGUCAACUCUGACAAGGAAAGAUGUUCCAGUUUUGUCCACUGUAGACAAUCAAUAUUAUAACAUCACUCCUAUCAUUCAUGUUCCUCUUGGAACUCAGUUUGGUUACAGUCCCCCCCUCUCCCCAUGGAAUCAAGCCAAUGCUACAACUAUAUCUGCAUAUCAAGGCCAGCCAAACUCGCUCUGUAAAAGUGAUCCAUGGUCUCAGACUCCUGCAGAAUCUUAUAUUAGUCAGAGACUUCAUAGUCCAGCUACCCUGAACUUUAACAACGAGAAUCAUGUACCAAUGCAUAAUAAAGUUCAGCAACUUAGUCCUCCAUUGCAGUGGAGCAAGUCUUCUAACAUACCAGUACACACCCCACCUAUUUCACUGCAGCAAAAUGAGAAAAAAAAUCAAAAUUCAGGUAAAAACACACCAGCUAAACAAGGUAUUGACUAUUCUGAUCCAGAUAUUCGUACUAUUGAGAUGCUGCGUGAGCUAGAAAGAGUUGCGGAUGAAAAGCAAAAUGAUGAUUUUGGUGUAGACAGAAAAUCCCUAGUUUCUCAUCAUUUAAGAAUGUUAAUGUGUGCGGUAGACAGAUACACAGAAGGUAUCGAUGAUGAUGUUUACAAGGAUGAAGUAGCCAGUAACACAGAUUCAAGCCACACUGUCAAACAAGACUCACUUGUCUCAGAAAUGUGGCCAAAAGAUCAUUCUAUGCUCUUGUCAGAAGAUUCCAGUCCUACUAAACUUCAUCCCUGGACAAACAAGAUAUUGUCUGCUGGUCAAGGUCAGCAAAGUAUGUUAGCUUCAGAGUCACCUCUAAAGUCCUCUCCAUCCAAUACUUGGGACCUUUGGUCUAGUCCCACAUUUGAUAUUUGUGAUUUCUUCUUGUCUCAACCAUUGCCAUGUAGUGUUUCCGACUCAGAGUUGCCUCAUUUUGACCUCUUUGGUAGCUGUCAAAGAGGAGAUGACAUUGAAGAAAUAAAACCAAGAAAACCACUGUAUAAACGUUAAACUUUUGAAAGUGAACUUUUAAGCAUUUGAUUAUAGAAUAUGGCAUAUAAAGACUUUUAUAUAUAUUAUAUUAUAUAUAGUAAAUUUCUAUUGAUUAAAUUUUUUUUGAUCUGAUGUGUUUUCCCAUUAACUGGAUAUUUAUAAAGAACGGUUAAUAAUUUUGAAAUGCAAGGUCAAUGAUUUAUUAAAGAUUUUUCCAUCGGAUUUGUAUACCUGUGAAAGAGAUUUUGGACUUAACAAUUUUUGUACAGUUAUUGUCCUUUUUUUUUCAUUUUGUACAAAGCCUUGUAAAUGAUGUAUAUGAAUAGUAUUGUACUAAAAUGUUUAUUUACUCAAGUAAAUAGUUGUCAUAAAAAAAAAUCUAAAUAUGCAAGUUAUGAAAUGUUUUUAUAUUGAUAGCAUGUACUCAGUGUGUAUAUAUAGGAUUGUAUUUAUUUAGUAUUGUAUAUUAAUUCUGAGCCACUACUGUAAAUUGUAAUUUACAAUUAUACUGCUUUACUGAUAUUCUGUAUACUGCACAGUAAAAUGAAAAAAAAAAAAAAGGGGGGGGGGUAUGUAUUUAGCUAAAUAUGAUUAUACUGUCUUCGGUUUUUCUUUCAAGUCAUCAGGGGAGAUAUUCAGAUCUUUCAUGUAUAGAAAUACUUUUAUUUGAAUGUUAAUAUUGUACAGAGGAUUCUAUUAGCAUGAGACUUUGCUGUAAAUAUAUGAAAUAAUUUGUCCAUAUUAUUUUGUGCCAUCACUUGUUUAUACCUUUGGCUGUCAUGAAUUGGAAAGGUGGAAUAAACUUUUUUUUUUAAUUUGUCAAA